AUGAGCUUCACCUGUUUGAGCAGCGAUGGUAUAAGGGCAAACAGUGACACAGAAAGUCUCCUCAUAAGCAAAAUGAGUGUAGUUAAAUCACCAAGGAGUUUAAAAAAGAAGAAAGAUGAACAUAAGGCUGAUAUGGUCGCGGUUCAUCGCAGCAAAGAGGAAAUAUCAUCAGAUCGGGAAACAUUCCGAACGGAGGGUUCUGAAGAAAGCUCCGGGUCUAACAGGACCUACAUCAAGGAGGACAACAAUCGCAAUGAAAACUACAGUCGGCAAAAUACGCCAAGUCGUGAUGUUAGCGUCGAUGGGGAAUCACAGAUUAACUCAAAGAUUAUCACGCUUAUCGAAUCCGAAAUCAAACGGGAAGCCAAACAUACAACGUUCAGUGAUUCACGACCGCAAAGUCUUAGUUUUUAUGAAGAAGAAAAAAUGCCCGAAGAAUUAUCUGGAAAUUUAGAAUUACUGAGUCCUGAAGAAAGACGUCAUUAUAAAAGCCGAAAACACUAUUCACACAUGGAUACAGAUGAACGCAAUAUGUAUAAUAGCAUUCAGGAUAUUUACAAUCGCGAAAACGAUGACAUGAUGUCAUCAUCCUUGAAAAAAUCCAAAUCAAGGAAAAAGAAACACGGAGGAGAUGCAGAGAUGGGAAUGGGUGAUAGUCGUGAAAUGAUGAUACCCAAAGAAAAACGUAAGAGCAAGAAGAAGAAACACGAGUCUCCUAUGUCCGGCAAAAGAAAACAUCGAAAACGUGAGGAUGAAUUCGAUAUGCGCAGUAACGAAAUAACUCUUGCUUUGGAGGAAUUACAAGAUGAUGUCUUCGAAAACCACGUUGAUGAUUGUCGACAUGAGAAGAUAAAGAAAAGCCCGAGGAAAUCAGAUAAAGUCUACGUACAACGAAAAAAUAAAUUUGAACUUAACACGGAAAGUAACUUGACAAAUUUAGAAAAUCAUCCAAUACGACAACAAUUUAAAGCAAAUGUUUCUCCAUUACAUUCUGCUUUAAACGAGCAAAAGUAUUGGCGUAAAUUCACCAACUUCUGUCAUGGUCUUCUUGGAGGGCUUGGUUUCGCUCACAUGGUCUACAUAAGUGCAAACCAAUUCACAACUGAUGCAACAUCCUUGAGAAAUUACGCAUUAUACAGCGAUAUUUAUGUGACAAUGUUUCACAUCCUUUGUGUGCUUUGUUUAGUCUCAGUCUUCGAUAAAUACGACAUCGCAAAUAUUGACGUUGAUAAUCUCAAAGAUUUUUUCAAAAAUCGUAAAAGUUCUUUUGUUAUUCUACUCUAUAUCAUUACUCUUAUACUCCAUUUAGCAACUGCGCCAAACGAUGAUCAAAUUGCUUUGAUUGCGCAUAAUUUCAAUAACAGUGUCAAUGUAACCGCAGCUGAUAUGAAAAUAUGGACGUCGAUGUCUUUCAGUCGUGGAUUCUUCGCAUUCAUUGCUUGGUUUUUCGUUUCAUUGACUUCUACUGAAGAUUUUCUGUAUACGCAUUUAAAGACGAUGGAUACAUUUGUUGUUCCAGUUGGUUAAGCAUAGACAUUUAUUAUAAAUAUUAAAACAUAUACUAUGAAACUGUUAACUGUUAAAAAUAUAUCCAACUAUAUCAAGAAAAUAA